AGGCUGGGACUGAGCACAUCGCCACACCGGCAGGCAGGCUGGCACUGAGCACAUCGCCCGCCCGGCAGGCUGGCUGGCACUGAGGAGGUCGUACCCUGCCCCGGUGCAAUGUGACACACACUCACACCUAUCUCCACAGAGAGCAAUACUGAGAGAGCCACAGGCUUCCACGUCCACAGUAACUCCCAGCAUCCAGAGGCAGCCAGCAUCCCUAUUGACACCAUCACCCUGACCCAUGCACAAUGGUUGUACGGCUCUGGUACCCUCCAUGGAUUACCCUCGCUGGCUGCCUGCUUGGCUUUGCACACAUGGUGGGAUCCCAGUCAGUGAAGGAAGUUAUUUUGCUGGAUUCCAAAGCACAACAGACCGAACUGGAAUGGAUAUCUACACCCUCCAGUGGGUGGGAAGAAAUCAGUGGAUUGGAUGAAAAUUACACACCAAUUAGAACUUAUCAGGUAUGUCAAGUCUUGGAACCCAACCAGAACAACUGGCUGCGGACUAACUGGAUUUCAAAGGGGAACGCACAAAGGAUUUUUGUUGAGCUGAAGUUCACGUUAAGAGAUUGUAAUAGUCUUCCUGGUGUUCUGGGAACUUGCAAGGAAACCUUUAACUUGUAUUAUUACGAAACAGAUUACGAUACUGGCAGAAACCUGAGAGAAAAUCAAUAUGUGAAAAUAGAUACUAUUGCUGCAGACGAAAGUUUUACCCAAGGAGACCUUGGGGAACGAAAAAUGAAACUUAACACAGAGGUUCGUGAGAUUGGACCUCUUUCCAGAAAAGGAUUUUACCUGGCAUUUCAGGACGUUGGAGCCUGCAUUGCUCUGGUUUCUGUGAAAGUUUACUACAAAAAAUGCUGGACCAUUAUUGAGAAUUUAGCGGUUUUCCCAGACACAGUUACUGGCUCAGAAUUCUCAUCUUUAGUUGAAGUACAUGGAACUUGUGUCAGCCAUGCUGAAGAAGAAGCCGAGAAUUCUCCCAGGAUGCAUUGCAGUGCUGAAGGCGAGUGGUUGGUUCCCAUCGGGAAAUGUAUCUGCAAAGGAGGAUACCAGCAAAAAGGAGAUACAUGUGAACCAUGUGGCCGUGGCUUCUACAAGUCAUCAUCUCAAGAUUUACAGUGCUCCAGAUGUCCUUCGCACAGCUUCUCGGACAGGGAAGGAUCGCCCCGUUGUGACUGUGAAGAUGGCUAUUACAGAGCUUUCUUAGAUGAACCCUAUACAGCCUGCACAAGGCCUCCAUCAGCACCACAGAAUCUAAUUUACAAUAUUAACCAGACAACAGUGAGUUUGGAAUGGAGCCCUCCAGCUGAUAAUGGAGGAAGGAACGAUGUCACAUAUCGUAUCAUUUGCAAACGAUGUAGCUGGGAGCAGGGUGAAUGUGUGCCCUGUGCGAAUACAAUUGGAUAUGUACCCCAGCAGAGUGGAUUAGCAGAUACUUACAUCACAAUUGUGGACCUUGUGGCUCAUGCUAACUACACUUUUGAAGUUGAAGCUGUCAAUGGAGUUUCAGACCUGAGUCGUUCACAGAGACUUUUUGCUGCAGUCAGCAUUACAACUGGUCAAGCAGCUCCUUCACAAGUCAGUGGCGUAAUGAAGGAAAGGGUAUUACAGCGCAUGGUCGAUCUAUCCUGGCAGGAGCCUGAUCAUCCCAACGGAGUAAUCACAGAAUAUGAAAUCAAGUAUUACGAGAAAGAUCAAAGGGAGCGUACAUACUCCACACUGAAAACCAAGUCUACAUCAGCUUCAAUAAACAAUCUUCGACCUGGGACAGCUUACAUUUUCCAAAUCCGUGCCUUUACAGCUGCAGGUUAUGGGAUGUACAGUCCAAGACUAGAUGUAACCACCCUCGAAGAGGCUACCGCCACUGCUGUCUCCAGUGAACAAAACCCUGUCAUUAUCAUAGCCGUGGUGGCAGUUGCAGGAACCAUAAUUUUGGUUUUUAUGGUAUUUGGAUUCAUAAUCGGAAGAAGGCAUUGUGGCUACAGCAAAGCUGAUCAAGAAGGGGAUGAAGAACUUUACUUUCAUUUUAAAUUUCCAGGCACCAAAACCUACAUUGACCCUGAAACGUACGAGGAUCCGAAUAGAGCUGUCCAUCAGUUUGCCAAGGAGCUGGAUGCAUCGUGCAUUAAAAUUGAGCGUGUGAUUGGCGCAGGAGAGUUUGGUGAAGUUUGCAGUGGUCGUCUUAAGCUGCCUGGCAAAAGAGAUGUAGCUGUCGCCAUAAAAACCCUAAAAGUGGGUUUUACUGAAAAACAAAGAAGAGAUUUUCUCUGUGAAGCCAGCAUAAUGGGCCAGUUUGACCAUCCAAACGUUGUUCAUUUGGAAGGCGUUGUAACCCGCGGAAAACCGGUAAUGAUUGUAAUAGAAUACAUGGAAAAUGGCGCCCUCGAUGCAUUUUUAAGGCUGACAUUGCAAGUAAAGAACAAAAUCCAGGCAAGUACCAGGAAAAUUCACCAUCCACCUGGUUUUCCAUUUGACACAUUGUUUAGAUACCUUAAUAAUAAAAUGCAAGGUCCACUAAGCUGUAAUCAUCUUCUGCUUCAGAAUUGUUUGGAAUGGUUUACAUCACCUCCAAAAUCUAAACGUUCAGGAUCUACUCAGACAAUGCCAAUUGUAAAAGUCCAAACACUAAACACUCCGGGGACUAAUGCGCAGAAACAUGAUGGACAAUUUACAGUCAUCCAGUUGGUGGGAAUGCUAAGAGGAAUUGCAGCAGGAAUGAGAUAUUUGGCUGAUAUGGGAUAUGUACACAGGGAUCUCGCAGCAAGGAAUAUUCUUGUCAACAGUAAUCUUGUGUGCAAAGUAUCUGACUUUGGUCUGUCUAGAGUUAUAGAAGACGACGCAGAUGCAGUCUAUACGACAACAGGUGGAAAGAUUCCAGUAAGAUGGACAGCUCCUGAAGCUAUUCAAUAUCGCAAAUUCACAUCUUCCAGUGAUGUUUGGAGUUAUGGAAUUGUAAUGUGGGAAGUAAUGUCCUACGGAGAGAGACCUUACUGGGAUAUGUCAAACCAGGACGUUAUAAAAGCCAUUGAGGAGGGUUAUCGUUUGCCGGCACCAAUGGAUUGUCCAGCUGGCCUUCAUCAGCUGAUGCUAGACUGCUGGCAAAAGGAACGUGGAGAAAGGCCUAAAUUUGAACAAAUUGUCGGCAUUCUAGACAAAAUGAUACGGAACCCUACCAGCCUGAAAACUCCCAUGGGGACUUGCAAUAGACCUGUUAGUCCUCUUCUGGAUCAGAACACGCUUGAUUUCACUGCAUUUUGUUCAAUUGGAGAGUGGUUAGAAGCUAUCAAGAUGGAGCGAUACAAGGAGAAUUUCAGCUCAGCAGGAUACAAUUCCCUUGAUGCCGUUGCCAGAAUGACUAUUGAUGAUGUCAUGAGCUUAGGUAUUACAUUGGCUGGUCAUCAGAAGAAAAUAAUGAGCAGUAUUCAGACUAUGAGAGCACAAGUGUUACAUCUUCACGGGACCGGAAUCCAAGUGUGAUAGACUGUCCUCCCUUAUAAGGGAGGUAAGACUAAGAGACAAGAGCACUGGCCUUCACUACAAAUGAACUGCUGCUAGAGUACACUCAGAUUCCUGAGUCUCCUUACUAUGGCUUUCUACAGUAGAUAAAAAUAAAAUCAACUAGAUCCUCAAGCACCUACAGACUUGAACUCCUAAGUGCCACCAAACCAUACCGGAGAGAGAAUUUGGAUCAAACUGAUGUGGCAAAGAAGAUAGCAGUAAAAAAAACGAAGUACUACCUGACAAAGAACAAAAAAAAACAAACAAAAAAAACUAUAGCUCUCUAACCUCCUUUUUACCCAAUGGACUUUUUCAAAUUGUACUGUACAUAAAGAAUUUAAAAAAAUAUAUUUGUUGGACAAAUAUCCUGAGACUAUUGGUAAAUGCAGCAAAAAUAUUUUCCUUAAGCUGUGAUUUAUGAUAUAAUCUUAUUUUUUCAUGUGUUUUUUUUUUUUUUUUUUGGCCCUCGUCCCAUUUUUGGUACAGUAUGUUUCAUUCCACAUGUACUGGGAACCUAUAAAUAGCAUGGUUAAACGUGUAUUUUUUUUUUAUUAUUUUUUUUUUGAAUGCUGGUAUUCAGGCAUUUUACGGAGUUACUUUAUAGACAUUGGCAAAUCAGCAAAUGGAAAUUCUGCAGGUUAAUUGCUCUGCUAUUUUUAGAUAUUUUCUAAAGAUUUGCUGAAUACAAAAGCAAUAAUGGCUCUCUUAGAGGCCAUGGCACCUUUGAUAUAAAAUGCACAGUGGAAACAUUAUCUUAUUUCAAGAAAAAAUUGCUAAAAAUGAGAGUUACACAAUUCUCUGUAAAAGCAGGGUCUCCGAAACUAGAUACCAUUAACUAGUACUGUAAAAUAUUUCUUGCUGUCCCUAUGUGAAUAUUCAGUUUCACAGAAAAAAUAGACUCUUUUUUUUUUUCUGGCAAAAAUUCAUUGUAUAAACUUUUCACUGCCUGCAAUCGAGAACAAAGAGUAAACUUUUUUUUUCUUUUUAACGAUAAUAGAUUUGAAAGAAAUAGCCAAAAUAUAUUUUGUACAAGAUCUUGUCUAAUGCAAUCCAUAUUUGAUUGUAUGGUUUUAGAUUUUAUAUUCGCACUAUAUAUCAGGGUGAAAAGGGUAGUUGCUUUGUUUACCGUUAGAGAGUUCGACAUCAUAAGACACACAGGAUUAACUGAACUGCAUUGUAUAGCAAUUAGAUUAGUAGUAUUAUUAAUUUUUUUUUUUUUUUUACAACUACAUGAAAAUGCGACAAGAGUUUUAUGCCUUUUUCUGUCUACCGGAAGCAAUAAUAAAUUGUGUCUUUCUAGAUAUUCCCUUUGUGCAUAUCUUUAGAGUAAGAGAUAUAUUUGUAAAAUAUGUUUAGACAGCGAACGACCCUUAAAAUGGAAUCAUAUCCUUCCAAACAGAUUCGGGUUAAUUAAAGGAAGAUCCCAAGGAUCUGUCAGAAUUUGGGGAUUUAUUUAAUAAAUGUUGUCUGGUGAAUUGACAUCUGAGUUGCCAGAUUUACACUAGAGCAACUGAGUAGAAGAGUCUUAUUAACUCGUUUUGACCUAAAUUUGGCAAGUCGGUUGUUAACUCAUCAAAACAAACAGUUUCGUGAAUAAAACCCUUAGUCUUCUUUGAAAAUGUGGUCAUCCACAUAUUGUAAAUCUUUCAGUGUAAAGUGUGUAAAUUUUAUUUAUACUGUCUUGUUUUGUACACACAUUUCUCUGUAGUGAGCUCUGAAUACAUUGAAAAUGCACUAUAUUUUUCUAUUUUACUGGCAGAGAAUCACAAAACAGGUAUUUCAGUGCUUCAUAAUGUAUUUUACCAUAUAGGACCAAAGAUGGCUGCAGAAAACACAAAAUGGAUAUUCUUGUUUGCUUGUUUCACUUUCUAGUCAUUUAAAUCUCUGUACAUUGUUAUUUUUUCCUGUCAUUUUUAUUUAUUUGAUUUGCUAGGUUAUCAUUUACAAAAUGUUUUCCUUUCAAAAAUAUCAGUAAAAUGC